UCUCGCUUAAAAUAAAUUGCGAAAAGUGAAAAAAUACAACUGAAUUUUUAACACCCAAAAGAAAGAAACCCCACAAAACUCUUCAACAUGUCGGAGGCUUAUUUCGAUCAAUACGAGCACUACAACUACGACCAAGAUAAAUACGUUUUCUCCGGCCAUAGUGGCAAGAAUCGCUCCAAACGGGAGGUCAAUGAAAACACCAACCAUUUCGACCCCAAUGGACAUUCCAGAAAACUGUUAACCAAAUUCAUGAACACCAAUAACAAUAAGAAAGUAGUUACUGCAGGAGGCAAAAACUGAGACGCAACAAAACUGCCAGCCACCAACGCAAAGAAGAAAAGGAAAUAAGAAGUACUUGAAGUAACAUUAAAAUACAUUGAAAAAGAAAAACAGAAUAAGGAAAAUACUACAAAGCAAAUUUAAAAAAAGUCGAAUAUAAGUAAAUAGAA